UUUGUCUACUGUUUCCGGUCGCAGGUCCUGAUGUCCAACGAGCCUUGGUCGCUGCCGCCCGCAGAUGGCCUGUACAACCCCGAGAAUGAAAGAGAAGCCUGCGGCGUCGGCUUCAUCGUCUCCAUCGAUGGCGAUCGCUCUCACAAGAUUCUCCGCGAUGCGGAGAAGUUGUCGAUGCGUAUGACCCACCGUGGCGCGUGCUCAUGCGACAAUGACACCGGCGAUGGCGCGGGCGUGCUCACGGCCAUCCCGCACGAGCUGUACGCGGCGGAGCUCAGGGCGACGCAGAAGGUGGAGCUGCCGCCCCUCGGCCGCUACGCCACGGGAAUAUGCUUCGCGGACGCGACGAGCCGCGCGCAGUGCGAGGAGCACUUCGCCAAGCUGGCCCAGGAGCAGGGCCUUGCCAUCCUGUGCUGGCGCGACGUGCCCGUCGACUCCAGCAAGAUCGGCCUGAUGGCGCGCAAGAGCGAGCCCCUCAUGCGCCAAGUGUUCCUGACCGCGACCGCCGGACAGACCUUCGAUGAUGACGCCCUCCAGCGAAAGGUUUUUAUUUUGAAGAAAGUAGCUACGCACAAUGUUCCUGGAGCUGGACGACGAUUUUACAUCUGCUCUUUAUCAACCUCUACAGUUGUGUACAAAGGACAAUUCACAGCUGAUCAACUAUGGGCGUAUUAUCGUGACCUUUCUAAUGCAGCCUUUGAUACGUACCUAGCUCUUGUGCAUACUCGCUUCUCGACAAACACGUUUCCCAGCUGGGAAAGAGCUCAUCCUCUGAGAUAUCUUGCUCACAAUGGAGAAAUUAACACUUUACGUGGAAAUGUGAAUUUUAUGAAAGCUCGAGAAGGUGUGAUGUCAAAUAAGGAAUUUGGAGACCUGAAGAAACUCUAUCCUGUUGUAGAACCAAACCUUUCUGACUCUGGUGCCGUAGAUUGUGUGCUUGAGUUCAUAACAAUGGCAGGAAACCGAUCUCUUCCUGAGGCUGUCAUGACCAUGGUACCUGAAGCUUGGCAAAAUGAUAAGACCAUGCCAGAAGAGAAGAAGGAUUUCUACCAUUGGUCUGCUUGUGUAAUGGAACCUUGGGAUGGCCCUGCACUGCUGACAUUCACAGAUGGACGAUACAUUGGUGCCAUUCUUGACCGGAAUGGUUUGCGCCCAUCGAGGUUCUACGUUCUGAAGGACAAUAUAAUGGUCAUGGCUUCAGAGGUUGGAGUGUAUGAUACUGAUCCAAGUAAUGUGUUACUUAAGAGCCGAUUAAAACCAGGAAGAAUGUUACUUGUGGAUACAAAGCAGAAGACCAUAAUCCAGGAUGUUGAAUUAAAGCGUCAAAUUGCUCUUUCACGACCUCAUUCAUCUUGGCUGAAGGAGGAGAUUUUAAUGGCUGAUCUCUAUAAAGCCCACAAACCUACUUCCGAGGAUGCAGCUUUGUGCAAACCAAUUAUUGACAAGACUGCCACAGCUCCUAUUCAUACUGAAGAAGAGAGGCUUGUAGCUGUUGGACAAAUGUAUGGAGGUGAUAAACGACUUGCAUUGUUUGGCUAUACUGUUGAGACAAUUACAAUGCUACUCAUGCCAAUGAUCAACACAAAAAAGGAAGCUUUAGGCUCCAUGGGAAAUGAUGCUCCUUUAGCUUGCUUGUCUCAGUUUCAACCCCUGUUGUAUGAAUAUUUCAAGCAGCUGUUUGCUCAGGUCACCAACCCUCCUAUUGAUCCAUUCCGGGAGAAAAUUGUGAUGUCUUUGAUGUGUCCCAUUGGCCCAGAAUCAAAUUUGCUCGAACCCUCUGCAAAGCAAUGCCACCGCCUCUUUUUGCCUCAUCCAAUUUUGUCAUUGAAAGAUCUUCUUGUCAUCAAAAACACAUCUCAUCGUGGAUGGAAGAGCAAAGUGAUUGAUACAACCUUUGCCAAAGAAGAUGGUGCUGUUGGUCUAAAGAAAGCUUUAGAUCGUAUUAGUGAUGAAGCAUGCCAAGCAGCAAGAGCUGGAUAUCAGCUACUAAUUCUUUCAGAUCGUCUGGCUGGAGAAAAAAGGCUACCUGUGAGUGCUCUAAUGGUAUUGGGCUCAACGCACCAUCAACUCAUUGAAGAGAGACAACGGAAGAAAGUUGGACUUAUUGUGGACACUGCUGAGGCCAGAGAAGUUCAUCACAUGUGUGUUCUUUUGGGCUACGGUGCUGAUGCCAUCUGUCCCUACUUGGUGUUUGAACUUGCUGCCACUCUCCGCUCUGAGGGAGUAAUUGAUGCUGCAUUAACUGAUGAUAUUCUUUUUGAAAACUAUGUGGAAGCAAUGGAACGUGGAAUAUCAAAAGUCAUGGCAAAAAUGGGAAUUUCCACCUUGCAAUCCUACAAGGGAGCACAGAUCUUUGAAGCGGUAGGGCUAUCUGACGAAGUUGUGGAAAGGUGCUUCAAGGGAACUCAGUCACGUGUGGGUGGAGUCACUUUUGAGGUGCUUGCAAAUGAAGCCUUUGAUCGUCACAGUUUAACAUAUGAUGAGACAGCUGCUGACAUGUUAGUACUCCGAAAUCCGGGAAUAUUCCACUGGCGUUCUGGAGGAGAAAAGCACAUAAAUGAACCAAGCAGUAUUGCUAGCCUUCAGGAAGCUGCUUCUAGCAAAAGCACUAGUGCUUAUGAGAAAUUCUGUCAAUCUACUAUGGAAAGUGUUCGAGCCUGCACUCUCCGUGGGCAACUUGAUGUGGUACCUAAUCCUAAAAUCCCUCCAGUGGAUAUUUCAGAAGUGGAACCAGCUUCCUCGAUUGUAAAACGUUUUGCUACAGGAGCUAUGAGCUUUGGUAGUAUUUCAUUGGAAGCCCAUCAAACUCUUGCUGUAGCAAUGAACCGCAUUGGAGGAAAAUCUAACACAGGAGAAGGAGGUGAAAACGCUGACCGUUACUUGAAUCAAGACACAGAAAAUAAUAAACGCUCUGCCAUCAAGCAAGUUGCUUCUGGUCGUUUUGGAGUGACAAGUUCAUACCUUGCUCAUGCUGAUGACCUCCAAAUCAAAAUGGCCCAAGGAGCAAAGCCAGGUGAAGGAGGUGAGCUGCCUGGAUACAAAGUAACUGCUGACAUUGCUGCAACUCGUCAUUCAGUACCUGGGGUGGGUCUUAUCUCGCCACCCCCUCACCAUGACAUCUACUCAAUUGAAGAUUUGGCUGAGUUGAUUUAUGAUUUGAAGUGUGCUAAUCCCAAUGCCAGGAUAUCUGUCAAACUGGUGUCUGAGGUUGGAGUUGGUGUUGUUGCAUCAGGGGUGGCAAAGGGUAAAGCUGAGCAUAUAGUUAUUUCUGGUCAUGAUGGUGGUACUGGUGCUAGCUCAUGGACCGGAAUUAAGAGUGCUGGCCUUCCUUGGGAACUUGGUAUUGCAGAAACACAUCAGGUGUUGACAUUAAAUGACCUUCGAUCGAGAGUGAUUGUGCAAGCUGAUGGUCAGAUUCGCACUGGUUUUGAUGUAAUUGUGGCUGCUCUGCUGGGAGCUGAUGAAUUUGGUUUUAGUACUGCUCCUCUGAUUGUCAUGGGAUGUACAAUGAUGCGCAAGUGUCAUCUUAACACAUGUCCUGUGGGCAUUGCCACUCAAGACCCAGAGCUACGUAAGAAAUUUGCUGGAAAACCUGAACAUGUUAUCAAUUAUGUGUUCAUGCUUGCAGAAGAGGUCCGAGGUAUCAUGGCAAAGCUUGGUGUCCGUAAAUUCCAGGAUUUAGUUGGACGCACUGAAUUCUUGAAGAUGGCAAAUCCUGCUAAUGGAAAGGCUCAAAUGCUGAAUUUUGAUGCGAUUUUACGUAAUGCUCUCGAUAUGCGUCCGGGCGUGAAUAUUAUUGGUGGUUCUGAGAAGCAAGAUUUUCAGCUUGAGAAUAGAUUGGACAAUGAACUAAUCAAAGCAGCUAAACCAGUAAUUGAUGGCGCUCUUAAGUCAGUCAAACUCGAUUUGACCAUCAACAAUGAAUGCCGAGCUUUUGCUAGCACUUUGAGUUAUCAUAUUUCCAUUAAAUAUGGGGAUGCUGGUCUGCCAGAUGGAAGUAGCAUUCAUAUCAAUAUGAAGGGAUCUGCAGGUCAGAGCUUCUGUGCGUUCAUGUCCAGAGGAGUUUUUGUAACAUUGGAAGGUGAUGCCAAUGAUUAUGUUGGAAAGGGACUGUCUGGAGGAGAAAUUGUAAUUUACCCAGCAAAGAACACCAUUGUUGAUGAACAAUCUGAGAAGAAUGUUAUUGUGGGAAAUGUUUGUUUGUAUGGAGCUACCACAGGCCGUGCCUACUUCCGCGGUAUUGCGGCAGAAAGGUUCUGUGUGCGCAACUCUGGUGUUGUUGCAGUUGUGGAGGGUGUGGGAGAUCAUGGCUGCGAAUACAUGACUGGUGGAUGUGUUGUCAUUCUUGGAUUGACUGGUCGUAACUUCGCUGCUGGUAUGUCGGGAGGAAUAGCUUAUGUACUUGAUGUUGAUGGUUCAUUCAGAGGAAAGUGCAACAUGGAAAUGGUUGAGCUGUUACCCCUUGAAAAGAAGGAGGACUUGGAUGAUGUUGCACAGCUGCUUAAAGAAUUUGUUCAGAAGACGGGCUCUAAAAUCGCACAAGACCUGUUGGCACAGUGGCCAAAACCAGCCUCACAGUUCAUUAAGGUGUUCCCUUAUGAGUAUCAGGCUGCAUUAGCUGCUGGGAAGGAAAAGUCUACUGUGGAGACUGUUGUACCGCAGAAGACUGAGCCAAGUGUGAAAGAUAUUGAGGAGGCUGUUAACGAUGAGGAUAUGGAAAAGAAGAAGCUGGAUAAAAUUCUGGACAAGACAAGAGGAUUUGUAAAGUACAAGAGAGAGACAGCUCCAUAUCGUAAUGUUGAAAGUCGAAUGAAUGAUUGGGACGAAAUUUAUGACUUCCCGCGAGUGCGGAAGGGCUUGCGGAUGCAAGCAGCACGUUGUAUGGAAUGUGGUGUUCCCUUUUGCCAGUCAUCUCAUGGAUGCCCUCUCGGAAAUAUUAUCCCAAAAUGGAAUGAUCUCGUCUUUCAGCAAAAUUGGAAAGAAGCAUUAAACCAGCUUCUUCAAACCAACAAUUUCCCGGAGUUCACUGGACGAGUCUGUCCUGCGCCAUGUGAGGGAGCAUGUGUCCUUGGCAUUAAUGAGCCUGCUGUCACCAUAAAGAACAUUGAGUGUGCCAUCAUCGACCAUGCAUUUGAGAAUGGAUGGAUCAAACCUUGUCCACCUCUUACCCGUACGGGGAAGACUGUUGCUGUAAUUGGGUCUGGACCAUCAGGUCUGGCUUGUGCUCAUCAACUGAACAAGGCAGGACACACUGUGACUGUCUUUGAGCGCAAUGAUCGUGUGGGAGGUCUGCUGCAGUAUGGAAUCCCAACAAUGAAACUAUCCAAGGUUGUGGUACAGCGUCGAGUUAAAUUGCUUGAGGAUGAAGGCAUCCUGUUCAAAACAAAAUCCAAUAUAGGAAAGGAUAUCAAAGCAAAGGAGCUCUAUGACAACUUUGAUGCCACUGUGUUGUGUACUGGGGCCACAUGGCCUCGUGACCUUCCAAUUCCUGGUCGCAAUCUGGAAGGCAUUCAUUUUGCUAUGGCUUUCUUGGAGAACUGGCAAAAGGUGCAAAUGGGCAAUGACAUUCAUGUCCCAAAACUUCUUGCAAAAGAUAAGGAUGUUAUUGUGAUUGGUGGUGGUGACACAGGAUGUGAUUGCAUUGCCACAUCUCUUCGUCAGGGUGCCAAGUCGAUUACAACAUUUGAAAUCCUGCCUGAGCCUCCAGUGCGGCGUGCAGCUGAUAACCCAUGGCCUCAAUUUCCCAGAGUUUUCAAGGUGGACUAUGGACAUGAUGAAGUAAAGUUGAAGUUUGGCCAAGAUCCUCGUCAAUUCAGCACAACGAGCAAGGAGUUCCUCGAUGAUGGCAAUGGCAAUGUGAAAGGAAUAAAAACUGUGAAGGUUGAAUGGACCAAGGAUGAUCAGGGCAGGUGGAAGAUGGAAGAGGUCCCCAAUUCUGAAAAGGUCUACAAGUGUGAUCUUGUGCUGUUGGCUAUGGGAUUCCUGGGCCCAGAAAAGUACAUUGCAGAAGAGCUGCAACUCAAAUUAGACCCUCGAAGCAACUAUGAAACACCUAAUGGGCAGUAUUCGACCUCUAUUCCCAAAGUGUUUGCAGCUGGUGAUUGUCGUCGAGGACAGUCACUUGUCGUUUGGGCCAUUUCUGAGGGAAGACAAGCAGCAAGGGAAGUGGAUCAAUAUCUAACUGGUGAAAGCAGUCUCCCUGGGCCUGGGGGUGUUAUCAUCCCUCAUGCUCGUCGUGGUUAAGUUUAUCUUAGAAAAAAAUAAUUCUAAAGCAAGGGCUUCCAUGUGGAUAGCAUUAUUCCUUUUGCCUCUCCUCCUUCAGUUACUGUGUAUUCCUUAGCUUUGGUUGAUAAAGAAAACAGUUACCCUAUUGAUAAAAUGAAAUAUUUUUUUGAAGUAUUUGUUUCCUAUUUACCAGUUAUUACUGAAGACAAGUAUAAUGUUAAUAAUUUGUUUGACCUAAAGGCUGGGCUCUCUAAAAAAUGUGAUGGUGGUUUCAUUAUCACUUAGGUCAUUAUCAGUAUUAGGAUGAAAUCGAGCAUUUUGUGUGAUUGGUAAGGGGAGAUAAUAUUUACUUUUGGUAGAGUUUGUUAAAUUGGAGUUAUGUAUUUCUUAUACUUGCAAGUUUGAUUUUGUGCCCUAUUUUUGUUACUGUGACGUUUUUAAAGUUUAUAGUAGAGGUCUUUACAUUUUGAUGUUCCUUGAAAUUCACCUGAAAAGCAGCUCACAUCCUUAUUCUGCUCAAAAACUGAGCAUUUUGUGAUCUGUUCACCAGGCUGUCUUGCUUGUCAUUAAAAUGUGUAAAACGGUUCAACAAAUAGGCUUCUUUUAAUUUCUUAAAUUAGUCUUAAGUUUAUAAAAACAAAUAUUUUGUUAUUUUAAAUAUUUUUGUUUAUUUUUCAUGAAAAUUACUUGGGAAUUGAAUCCUGUAUAAAGCUGUAUGUGUGAUUUACACACGGUGUGCAUUACCUGAAUUUUUGUUGUUCCAUCCAGGUAUGCGUGAUUUUUGUAGCGUAUAUGUGUUUCUGUGAAGGCUGGAAUAGUGAAAUGUUUGAGGUUCUAUGGUGGAAUUUCUACCUCAAAGUUAAAAGGCUAGUGCUGUUGUAGUUACUGCUAGAUCACAUAAUACUGUAAUUGUUACGUGGACAUUUAUUUAAUACAUAUGUUGUAGAGUGGCGAUAAAUGAUUGUUUUUUUUUGAACAAUUUCAAAGAAAACAAGUACGUCAAAGUUUUUUCAAACCAUAAAUGAGGGGGAGAAAAUGCUAAAAUGCAGAAUGUACUUAAGGUGUCAUAUUUUAUUGAACUGUACUUUGAACUUUGAGGCAACCUACUGCACAAGUAAACUGCAAUUUCUGGACAUAGGGGGGGUUAUUUAUUCCUUAUAUGUUUGUCAACCUUAAACACCUUAAAAGAGCUUUGAUUUGUUUAGUAGUUACACAACUUACGUAUUUUCUUGCUGCCAUAUUUGUGUUUUUAUUUUGCUAUCUAUUUUACUUACUUAAGAGUAUGAAUUUUGCAAUAAUCACUGAAUCACUGAGUGACUAUUGGCCUCUGAUGAUUUUACUCUCAAUAAACUUAUUUCCUGUACUGUACUCAGAUUGCAUUCUUUUUAAAAAAUUGUUUUGAAAAUGAUCACCUUGUCUUUCUGUUGCAAAAUAUAUUGUGGUUUCCUAAAUGUA